UAUUUUCUCAACCAGUACCGAAGCGACACGUGUACAUCACCAACAGCUACAAUACUCACGUUCCUCUCUAGCAAAAUCUUUCAGUGGAUCAUCAUAUUAUAGCAUAUCAAAUCUCCACUCCACCACAACCACCAGCGGAACCUAUUUUGCGCCUAAGCUUCUACACCGGAGAGAGCACCAUGGCAACUGUAAUAGCUGCACAUUUAGUUUCCAGGAGCUCACACUUGAGCAUCCAUGCAUUAGAGACUAAGGCUAAUAAGUUGUCUCACACUGGACCCUGGACCCAAACUAUCACUCCCAAUGGUUUAAGGUCCCUCAACACUAUGGAUAAACUCCAAAUGAAGACACAAUCAAAAGCAGUGAAAAAGGUCUCUGCCACCGGCAAUGGUAGGCCUGCUGCCAAAAUUAUUUGUGGUCAUGGAAUGAAUUUAAUCUUUGUUGGAGCUGAAGUUGGUCCCUGGAGCAAAACUGGUGGACUUGGUGAUGUUCUUGGAGGACUCCCCCCUGCCAUGGCCGCAAGAGGGCACCGCGUCAUGACAGUGUCUCCCCGCUAUGACCAGUACAAGGAUGCUUGGGAUACCUCUGUAUCGGUGGAGAUUAAAAUUGGAGAUAGAAUUGAAACUGUCCGCUUCUUCCACUCCUACAAAAGAGGAGUUGAUCGGGUCUUCGUGGAUCAUCCAAUGUUCCUUGAGAAGGUAUGGGGCAAAACUGGAUCUAAAAUAUAUGGCCCAAGAGCAGGUUUGGAUUACCAGGACAACCAACUGCGAUUUAGCUUGUUAUGCCUUGCUGCUCUGGAGGCACCGAGAGUUCUGAACUUGAACAGCAGCAAAAAUUUCUCAGGACCCUACGGAGAAGAAGUUGCCUUCAUUGCCAACGACUGGCACACUGCUCUGCUUCCAUGUUAUCUAAAAGCCAUUUACCAACCUAUGGGGAUUUACAAACACGCCAAGGUUGCCUUUUGCAUCCACAACAUUGCAUAUCAGGGAAGAUUUGCCUUCUCAGACUUCCCACGACUUAAUCUGCCAGAUAAAUUCAAAAGCUCUUUUGACUUUAUCGAUGGGUAUGAGAAGCCCGUGAAGGGAAGGAAAAUCAAUUGGAUGAAGGCCGGGAUAUUGGAAUCAGACAGGGUUUUGACUGUGAGCCCAUACUAUGCCCAAGAAGUCAUCUCUGGAGUUGAAAGAGGCGUCGAGCUGGAUAACUUCAUUCGUAAAACUGGCAUUGCUGGUAUUAUAAAUGGCAUGGACGUCCAGGAGUGGAAUCCUGUUACAGAUAAAUACAUUGACAUCCACUACGAUGCCACAACUGUUAUGGACGCAAAACCUUUGUUGAAGGAAGCCCUUCAAGCAGAAGUCGGAUUGCCUGUUGAUAGGAAUGUUCCUUUGAUAGGCUUCAUUGGUAGAUUAGAAGAGCAGAAGGGUUCAGAUAUUUUUGUUGCAGCUAUUUCCCAAUUGGUUGAACACAAUGUGCAGAUAGUAAUCCUUGGAACUGGCAAAAAGAAAUUUGAGAAGCAGAUUGAGCAUCUGGAGGUUUUGUACCCUGACAAGGCAAGAGGAGUUGCAAAAUUCAAUGUGCCGUUGGCGCACAUGAUCACAGCUGGUGCAGACUUUAUGCUGGUUCCAAGUAGAUUUGAGCCCUGUGGUCUCAUUCAGUUGCAUGCUAUGCGAUAUGGAACAGUUCCCAUUGUUGCUUCUACUGGUGGUCUUGUUGAUACUGUUAAAGAAGGUUACACAGGAUUCCAAAUGGGGGCCUUGCGCGUUGAAUGUGACAAAAUUGAUUCAGCAGAUGUAGCUGCGAUAGUUAAAACUGUGGCAAGAGCUCUUGGCACUUAUGCUACCGCUGCAUUAAGAGAAAUGAUCCUGAAUUGCAUGGCCCAAGACUUGUCAUGGAAGGGACCAGCCAGAAUGUGGGAGAAAAUGCUCCUGGACCUGGAAGUUGCUGGCAGCGAACCUGGCACUGAAGGGGAGGAGAUCGCUCCUCUUGCUAAGGAGAACGUUCCCACGCCUUGAGCAGCAAGGAUAAUAUUAAUCUUGACGGUGUAGAAAUAUUGACAUUUAUGGAUAUACGUUAACGCGCAGAUAAAUAUCCAUUCCAGUAGGCUAGUCUGCUGGGAUCAAAGGCACCCUUUGUUUUUCUAUUCCAACGGCCAUGAUUUCUUUGUGAAGGGUGAAUGGUGUCUGAAUCAGUGUUAAAGAGAAUUUACAACUAACGUAUUACAGCCUUUGCCUGGCGUUAUGUGCGUAAAUAAAGGUUCAUCUUCUGACA